UGGGGGAGUUCCAAAAUGAAGGCUUCUUCUUAUUCCCCCGGCGAAGGCAGCAUGCCGCCGUGCAUCUGUUCCCGUGCCUCUCCUCCCUGGGCACGACCAGAACACGAAGAUGCCGCAGCAGCAGCAGUCGGCUUUCCCUCACGAUUGGACCCGCAGCAUCGACAAAAUUCCGGAGGUGGUAGAAGAGGGCUUCAAGAUGCACGGCGACGAGGGCUUCCUGUCGAUUGCCGCGGCUACGUAUGCCACUCUCUUCCCCAGCCUCAGCGACGAAAGCGCUCGGAUCUACAAGCACCCGUUCCCCUUCUUCGGGUUCGAACCCAUAGGGAGCGCGCAGCGAGACCACACCAGCCGUGCCAACGUAUCACUGCCAGGUCACCAGGCAGGGGCAUGAUGAACGCACUGACGAUAUCUAAUGAUUUGUCCCUGUCUGUUUCCCUCAGGCAUGAAGGGCUACCAGCACAUCGAGCGACCCCACACCCACAACGAACACAUCGCGUGCUACUGCCUUGCCGGCGGCUACACGCACCCUAUCUACACGGCCAAAAGGGGGGACGUCACCAUCGGCGCGGACCUCCUGGUGCCGGCCAACGCGCCGCAGGGCGUCGCCGGCUCCAUCCAGCGAUCGCGGCUGUUCAGCAAGCAUCAUCACAAACUGAUGGGGGACGCCAUGCUGUCGGCGGUCAUGGAGUGGCAGUAUGGCCGCGGUGGGUUCCCACUCUACUACCUCGACAAAGACGUGAUCCACAAGCCGUGCAACUAUGGUGAGGCGGGGGAAUGUGUGUGUGGAUCAUUCGUAUGUAUGGAUCUCUCCUUGUGUGUGCAGACCCUGAGUUGAUUUCGGUGUUAGUACAAGGCAAGUCGGACAGCACUCGUGCUACAGACCAGUUCGACCCGGACAAAAAAUGGCUUGAGCUGGUGAGUGACACAACAAGGUCAUGAUGGCGGCAUCUCUCGACCUUGUUUGCCGCUGCAGGAGAGAAGAGAAGCGACGCCUGAGGAAAAGAAGCAAGCGCGAGACCGCUUGCGCGAGGCAGAGACCAACAGCAAGACGGACCUCGAGCUCAUCGGGGGCGACUGGAGGGUGAGACUGGAACUGCCCCCCGAGGAGGCCGCCGAGUACGUCAUCGAACUAUGGGGAAAGUACCUAGAGAGGUGCGCCGCCCCACAGGCAUACAGACGUGUGACGUCUUACCUCUGUGCGCGUCAGGUUCCCCAUGAAGUCUCUCGCGAGUGACGGCAUCGUCCAAGUGUGGUGCCCCCCUGGAAGAGAGACAUCGAUCAACGUGCCGACCAAGCUCUAACAACACACACACACACACACAUGACUUUUUUGCGUCUUCUGCUGGGUGCACGAGGGUGACUCACAUUCAUGCAUACACUCAUGUACGGCUGAGUCGGUUGCUCGCAUCCAUUCCAUUGCAUUCGUACACACGUUGCGUGCGUGGACGGCAUAGCAUCCAUGCAUUCAUACGCGGCUAUAUGGCUGCCUGCUGGCCUGUCAUGAAUGUGCCUGCCUUCUUUUCUACAUGCUCACAUCAAACCAUGCAGUUCAAGGUGGGAGCAUCGCACUUUUUUGUGUCCCCAUCGAUCCAUGGCAUGGUAUCAGAGAGCAUCAGCACAGUCACCUGAGAGAGCAUCAGUACACGUGAGUAUUGGUGGCUGUGGAGGGGGUUCAUGUGGUGUGCUGCGAGCAUGUAUCCAUGGAUUGAGUGAAUAUCGUGCUGUGCAUGGUGGGGAGGGGUGGGCCGCUAGCUCUCUAAGCCUCUCUUCUUCUCUUAAACUAGCCUCUUGCUCUGCCUUGUCUCUCUCAGAGGUACUGAAGCCCUUGUAUCGCUUUCAGUCCUCUCAUUCACACGUUGAUGGAUUUUUCCAUGUCUAAGUGCGUUGGUGCGCGCAGUGGUCUUUUCUCAAUGAGUAGACGAAUGGGAUGGACAAUCGAACCAAACGAGUCACAUCUCUUAAAGUCGACCGAC